AUGUGGGAUGUUGAUUCGACGAUCAUUGUCCCAAUAGUCGUUUCAGUGAACGGUCUAAUAGCAAAGAGUCUUGACCAACAUCUUGAGAGACUCUCACUAGGUGGUUGGAUUAAGGGUCAGAUGCAGAAGGCGGUGAUCUUGGACACGAUGAUCGCGGAACUGGACUUCACUCGAAAUGUCGACACCAAGGAUUCCGAUACUGGCUGCGGCACUCAGGGGAGUGCUCUCAAAACGAGGGAUCGAGAAGACAUUAUAGAGGUGUCUCAACAACCUGGAGGCUCACAAGACAAUCGCCGAGCCAGCUCCCGCCGCCGCCGCGUCUCCAUCGGCUUUGAACAAGAACGGAGUCUUCCUAUACCGGGAUGGUCUAGAGCAGGCUUCGCCACACGAUCGACCUUCCAGUCUGCGUUGAGGUGUAAUUCGCCCUCCAGUGCCUCCACCACGUCGCUCGCAAAGGUCCAGGAGCAAGAACGGAGUCUUCCUGUACCGGGAUGUUCUAGAGCAGGCUUCGCCACACGAUCGACCUUCCAGUCUCUGUUGAGUUGUAACUCGCCCUCCAGUGCCUCCACCUCGUCGCUCGCAAAGCUUCGCGAUAAAUUAACCACAUUAACUCCAGUAAAUUUCACUAGAGUACAUUUCCCAAAAAUCGCCGCCAGCCCCGGGCUACCUAUACUCAUAGAAGAAGAAUACGAACGUUUAAGCAACAGCGAACCAACACGUCUACGCUGCGGGGUGGCGCGUAGAAAGCAAUAUCAUAGCGACAGCGAGGCUCAAAAAGUGAAAAAUAAAACCCGUUGGAUUCCGACUAUUGUCGAAGAACAUUCAGCUAGCUUAAACGUGGCUGCGGCUCUAGAUGCUACUGCCAGUACUGGCCAAUCAGCUAUCAUCGAGGCAUUCGAAGAACUACACAAUAAGAACCCCGAAAUAGAUAUUGUUACUUUGUUGGUAGAAGAGGCGCUAAACCACGGACAAGACAAAGAUAGUGGUAUCAUAUCGGGUAAAGUAACACAAGAUAGCGACAUCGUUGAAAACACACCACUUGCAGAAACAGCGCAACGCAAAAAGUUAGGCUUAAAACGCAAACCUAAAGAUAUUGAAGAGAUCAGAUAUGCCACCGAUGACUCUGACGCCGUCGAUGUUACCCCAGGUUAUGACUAUGAUUGGAGAAAAAGAGGCCGAACUAAAAGUAACAAUAAGAAUAAUAAUGAUGAAAAUGAAACUUUAAAUGAGAAUGCAGUUGACACAGACUUUUACACAAAUUGUGUUGAAUUAAUAAGUCCUGCUACAAUUAAGAGAAUCAGUGAAAGUCUUUCUCUGGAAGAAGAUAUCGAUGAUGAUUGCUAUAUAAUCGACGGCAGAGAAAUAGAGGAAGAAGAUAAUGAGCUCAAUUUAGCUGUUGAAACAGAUAUUGUCAAUUGCGUUAAUGACAUGUUAGAUAAGGUGUGUUAUGAUCUCGAGACAUGUGUUGAUCUACUGGUAGAUCAGCAGCAACAAAUUGAUACUUUGAGAGCUGUACAGAAUAUUGAUAACACGAAAAAUACGGAUAAAAUACUGAAAAUGAAUAAAGAUACAUUAAAAUCACCCAAAAACAUAACAAACGAACUCGAUACUGACGGUGUUCAAAAUGUCACCCUGAAAUAUAAGCCUAAAAAACAAGCUCCAAAAAAGAACACUUCUCGGGGAAAAAAGGCUAACAGUGUGAAGCUUCCAAAUAUCGAAGAAGAUGGAGACUCUAAAGAAAAUGCUAAAUCCCCAACUAAUACCAUAAAACAAUCAAUUCGAAAAAAGCGCAAGCUUUAUUCACCCAAGGACGACGAUAAUGAAAACAAUGAUAUGCCUAGAUCCAGAAAAGAGCCAAGACCAUCAAGUUCCACUGAAUCUCCAAUAGCGGCUUGCUACAAGGAAUUGGAGAAUGCCCGCAAAUCUCGCAUAAGACUUCCUAGGAGGAGAGCGAGUACCCAACCUGUUAUUUCGCCUAAAACCAAGGAAAUGAACGAUAUAUUCGAUAAAAUCAAAGAUAAUGUUGUAAAUAACGAAAAAAUAACGCUCGUCAAUAAGAAAAGUGACAAAGAUCUUUAUAACAUGUCGAGUGAAAGCGACGAUGAAGUUUUUCAGAAGAAAAAGAUCCAAGUCCAAGAACGUAUUAGUUCGUCCAGUCUAGAGUCCGUAACUAAACGUAGGAGAUCGGUGAAGCCAGUUGAUUAUACUUCGUUCUAUUCAUCGGAAGAUGAGUGCCAGAGGGUCGUGAAACCCAAAGCGGUUAAACAAACAAGAACCAGAAGCCGUAAAGCUAAAAUAAUACAGAGGACUGAUUUGAUUGAUGAAAGAAUGAGAACUGAUCAACCUGAAGUGUUAGAAACCUCCUUCGUCCAAGAAAAGGACGAAAUGAAUGUACCCGAAGAACCUCAACCUUCGGUAAAUGUACCUGUGCUAGAAACCAUACCUACAGGUGAUAUACAUGAUGAGCCCAUAGUGUCGAGAAGUAAACCUCAAACACCUAAUAAACAGGAAAUAAUCAAAAUUAAGACCAAGAAAUGCUUGAAAAAGAAAUGCGAAAACCUCGAAAAGAUAACCAAGAGAAGCAAAGAAAUAAUUGCUGAUGAUUCACAUGAUGAGUCGAUAGUGUCGGGAAGGAAACCCCAAACACCUAAUAAACCGGAAACAAUCAAAAUGAAGACUGACAAGAGCUUCAAAAAGAGAUGCGAAAACCUCGCAAAGAUAACCAAGAGGAGCAAGGAAAUAAUUGCUGAUGAUUCACAUGAUGAGUCGAUAGUGUCGGGAAGGAAACCCCAAACACCUAAUAAACCGGAAAUAAACAGACUGACGACUGACAAGAGCUUCAAAAAGAGAUGCGAAUACCUCGCAAAGAUAAACGAGAUGAGCAAGGAAACAAUUGCUGAUGAUUCACAUGAUGAGUCGAUAGUGUCGGAAAGGAAACCCCAAACACCUAAUAAACCGGAAAUAAUCAAAAUUAAGACUGACAAGAGCUUCAAAAAGAGAUGCGUAAAACUCACAAAGCCAACUAUAACCAAGAGGAGCAAGACAAUAAUUAAAAAUGUACCAACGGAAAGAGAAAGUACAACAGUAAGCCCUCUACCUGGACUUGUCGUAGAAACAGAACCACGAAAAGAUGAAAUUACUUCUUCCUUAGAUGCUAAUUUGCUUCAGAAACUCAAAAAGAUAUACACAGACGUGGACGACUUGAAUACGAGCUGUGCAACUCAAAACUUGUUGCUUAACGAAGAUAAUGAUAGAAUAGAAGUUGAUUUAUUAAAUAAAACCUGUCAUAAUCAAAAUGUGACAAUUGACCUGGACAACUCUAAUGACAACGCAGUCGCCGCUGAUAAUUUACAAGCUGUGGAUAUACCAGAUGUAGAUUCGGAGAAAUCAAUAGAAACAGGCGGUCGAUCUCCCAUUACUGGCCAUAACGACCUUGAUGAACCUCCACCAAAUUUGGACGCACUGGACGAGAGUUUCCAACACAGAGAUGUAGAUGUUGAGGGCAAGAGGAAAUCCAUAACGGAUUUCCUGGUUAAAAUGAGGAAUCAGAUAAUAAAUAGUAAAACUGUAAAAAGGACUUCUCCCAUCAUACCUAUUACUAGAAUGUCCACAAAAGAUAGUGCGCGGUCGAAUAUAUGCGCCAAAAAAAUAUCCAACUUAAAUAGGAAGUCAAGCGUUACUUCAUCUUAUAUCGGGUCUGAUAAAAGUAACCCAAGAGUUGUAUUGGAAAGAAUAUCAUCUGAAGACAUUGAUUCACAAGUGAAUCCCGUUACACCAAAGUCAAAAGUCAGUGAUUCAAGGGUAGUUUUGACUAGAAUGUCUUCUGAGGAGAUAGAAAAAAUAGUAACUCCCACCCGUACACAAAAAUCAAGCACAAGCACCACAGAAUCAUCACCUGUAGUCCUACUAAAUAGGAUUUCUUCUGACGAAAUUAACAAAUGGCUACCUUUGCCAGAAACGAAAGAUGUUGUCGAAAUAGAACCUGAGAUAAUCCCUAGAAAAACCCUAGAAAGACGCAAAUCUGUAUCAAUACCCUGUUUUACAUGCGAAAACUUUGAAAAAACAAUUUCCCCAGUGAAAUUAAAUUUCGAAAUUCUAGAUCUUACGAACGAAACUGAAAUUAGAGACACUAGAAUCAGAAGAACAGUCAGAAGCAGAAGACAAUCUUCCGUAAGAACAAUUAAAUCUUGUUCAAAUAUAGAGAAAUCUAUAUCAAAUAGUGUCGAGACUUUGGCAAAAGAAUUACAUGACCAAGGUGUAAGCAGUCAAGAAACUGUGGCCAAAUCAGCUGAGACCCCUCAAACCAGCAAUAUAUCUAAUAAGAAGACUCUUAGGUCUACUGUGGCUCCGUCAGAAAUUAGUGAAAGUGUGGCUAGCGUACAGAGCUGGAUAAGAAAGAAUGUCAACGCGGGGUCAUCGAAGACGGGAGACAAAGCGACAAUGAAAGAAAUGCUGUACCAAGAGGUGAUGGAAACAUUGAACACGCGCGUGGUUGAAAUCAAUGCAGCGACUGGUGAAGCGAUGCAAGCGGCCUUCGUAAAGGACCAAGAAGAGCUGACAUGUGUGGUAGAACAGGUUCGCUCUCUGGGAGACACUGUGACACGUGCCGUAGAACAGCUUCGCUCUCUGGGAGACGCUGUCGACAGCCUUGAAAAGCGAAUCACCGCAGUUCGGAAGAACGAAAUGGAUCGUGCUUGCUCUGUCAUUCGCGCGGACGCCGAGAAGAAGGCACGACUGGUGGCACUUCUUAAGGAGGACAUAGAACGCAUAUUAAAAUAAACCCUUUUUAAUAAGUAAAAUUUUCGAAGGUCCCAU